AUGGGGACCGGUAUCAACGGCGGAGAGUCGGCGGCGGUGGUUUUGGCCCCUCCACCUGCUCCCAGCCGGGCCCCCGCCAUGUCCCGGCGGCGGUGCGCAAGCGCCGGGCUGAGCUGGCAGCAGGACCAGGCGCUGGGCAGCACCAUGCGCAUCGUGCGGGAGCUGGGCCCCACCGGCUUCGUGCUGCAGGAGGAGGGGGGGCCCGCGCACCGGGUGUUCCUGGGGCAGCCUCACUCCUGCACCUGCGCCACGUUCCUGAGGGAGAAGGACCUGUGCAGCCACAUCUGCUGGAUAUUGUUGAAAAAAUUCAAAAUUCCAAGAAACCAUGAAUAUGCUUUUCAGCUGGGUCUUCUGGAAGGAGAGAUCAAUGAUAUACUACAGCAAGAACAGACAUUCCCCCCAAGAGCAAACACUCUCUCCACCAAAACAUUACAGAAAGAGGAUGAUGGAUACAUUAAUCAGAAAGAAAUUGAUGCAGAGGAUGUCUGUCCUAUUUGCCAGGAAGAGCUACUAAAGAAAAUGUUUCCCAUCACUUAUUGCAGAUAUGGCUGUGGAAACAACAUUCACAUCACAUGUAUGAAGAUUUGGGCUGAUCACCAGGGUGAAUUAGAGAGUGACUCUGUGGUAAAGUGUCCCCUCUGUAGAGAAGAAUUUGCACCAUUAAAGCUCAUUUUAGAAGAAUUCAGGAACUCCAUUCAGCUUGUGACUGCAGCAGAGAAAGUGAGACUUGACAAACACCUUGGACUUCCCUGUAAUAACUGCAGAGCAUUUCCAAUUGAGGGAAAAUGCUACAAGUGUACUGAGUGUAGUGAAUAUCACCUAUGCCAUGAAUGCUUCACUAGCUUUUGCCAUCCUCCACAUGUUUUCACCUUUCGACAGAAGAGAAAUCAGAGGUGGAGGUCACUUGACCAAGUUUCACAAUUGUCAACUUCAGGAGGAAAUUUAAAAAGCGUUAAUCCAGGUGAUAAUUCUAAAGAAGAGCUGUUACAUCUUCAAGAGAAGUCCAGUUGCAUCCCAAAGCACGUUGUAAAAUCUUUACCUCUGAUGUUGAUUAGAAAAUGUAGCAACUUCCUUGCUCCAGGUCUGCAAUGUAGGCUCUGCUUGAAGAUCUUUUGUCUUGGUCAGUAUGCAAGACUCUUGCCAUGUAAUCACAAGUUCCACAGAGAAUGUAUUGACAACUGGUUAUUGCACCAAAAAAAUGCAUGUCCUAUUGAUGGAUAUACUGUGUAUAAUCCAUUAACCUGGAAGGAUAGAUCAGCCAAUCGUGAUAUCAGUCAGCCAGGAUCUCAAACAAAUACUACCAAACUUGCAAAGCAGAAGGAACCAGAGCUUUUCAUACCUGGAAUUGGAUUGUUCUUCAAGCAAACACUAUUAGGCCAUACACGUGAAAAAUCUCAAGAUAGCCUCCAAAGACUUUAUAACAAUAAAGAUCCACCACAUUCUCAAGGGGGUUUAACUUUAAAUAGUAUAAGUGACUUUCAUUUAGAAGAUUCUGAUUAUAGUCAGCACAGCAUUGAUAGAAAUUUAAAUCUACAAUUUUCCAGGCAUGGUAAGGAUUUAGCCUAUAAGCCUUUCCAGAAAAUACUCUCUCAAAAAUCCUAUUCUGUUACAUCUAGAAAAGAUGCAAUUUCUGAUGGUACGAGAGGCUUAAAUGGAACUUGUACUAAUAAAGAGAAAGGAGCAAAAGUGUGCCACGCUGACCAUGCUAACCCGAACAAAGUAGUUUCUUUUGAAGACAGGCAUAACCAUGAAAUUUCAGCAUGUAUAAGAUUUCCUGGAAAAUUGAACUUGGAGGAUAAUUUGGGGGGUACAAUUGACUAUACGUUCCCCAAAAGGGACAGUAAGUGUGUGGGAAAAGCCAGACAGCAAAGAAGACUUCUAGCAAGACCACCUAAGCAUAAGCCUCUGAGCCUUAAAACUACAGAAGUAGCUUUAUUAAUGGAAGGAAUUCCACUGAAUAACAAGUCAUAAUAUAAAGAAUGUAUGAAAUGUUUAGAAAACAGCUAUAUUUUUAUAAUUUUAAACUAAUGCUUUUUUCUGAGAUUUUAUUUUCCAUUAGUGUAUUCCCUAGAUGCUGUUUCUACCAAGUUUAAAGGUCCUUUACACCACUGGACUGGCUUAAUGGAAUCCAAGAAUCAGAUCCAAUAACUAACCUGGAGUGAAUAAAGUGAAGCUAAAAGCUGAAGUAUUUAUUGCAAAAAUACUAAUAAUUUUAAAACUUACAGCUCUUAGUUGGCUAGUCAAGGAUACAAUGCAAGACUUUCCUGUUCUCUCAGAAAUUCUAAGUUACUGUAUUGAAAUAAAAUAUUCAAAUUUUAAUUGAAAGACUACAAAGUCGGCUUC